CUAGAAAACGCGGGACUUCUUGUGUUUGCUACUUGUCCAGAUUCCCCGCGGUCGAUUGAAGCCCCCUCUCACUUCUCUUUUCUUUUACAUAUGAGCGACUCCAAUUGAUCUCAUUCAUGCUCGCAUUUCCGGCCAGCUCCCGUCGCUGGACCCAGCUGCUGAUUGCUGCCGGCUUGUCGCUCUUGUUUUUCUGUUUCUUGCUUUCGAGUUCAAGAAGAGACUGGGUCAGUGGCUAUCUUUGGGCCGGGGAAGAUGAGACAGGCGUCGAAUAUGUUCGGCCCGGAGAGUCAUUGAUGCCAGAUGUUGGGCCCGCUGAGUCGGCAAAGAUUGGGCCUGAAGAGUCGACGGGGGUUGAGCCUGAGAAGACGACGGAGAUUGAACCUGAGAAAACUACAGGGAUUGAGCCUGACAAGACAACAGAGGUUGAGCCUGAGAAAACGACGGAUGCUCGUCCGCAAGAAACAGCAGAGAUUAAACCGGAAGCUCCGACAAAAACUACCUAUCCAUGCCAGCAACUUCCCGGUGCUGAAGAUGUUCUUGUCAUAAUGAAGACGGGCGCUACAGAGGCCCACGAAAAGCUACCUACCCAUUUCAAUUCCACGUUUCGCUGCACGCCGCACUACGCGAUAUUCUCAGACCUCGAAGAGGAAAUCCACGGACACACCAUUCAUGACGCGCUGUAUGAGAUCCCAGAGGAAAUCAAACAAGACAGCCCGGAGUUUCGGUUUUAUGAUAAGAUGCGCGAGCUUCGUGCCGACGGAAUCAAUUUGGGAAGACUCAGUAACGAAGAAGUCCGUCAUGCCGCUUGGGAUUUAGAUAAGUGGAAGUUUUUGCCGCUUAUGAAGAAGGCGCUGGAGACCCGCUCGAAGUCGAAGUGGUUCGUCUUCAUUGAGGCGGAUACUUACAUCGUAUGGUCGAAUCUUCUGCAGUGGCUUGAGCUCUUCGAUCAUACGCAGCCAUAUUAUAUCGGUGGGCAAACCUGGCUUGGCGGAGAAGUGUUUGCCCACGGAGGCACCGGCAUCAUAAUCUCACAGAAGGCGCUCACAAUGCUUGUCGAAAAGUACAACAGCAGCACAGCGGAAUUUAUUGAGUUGACGCAAAAACACUACGCCGGCGAUCUAAUCCUAUCCCUGGCGUUUAAGACCCUCAACAUCUCACUCACAGCCACAUGGCCCAUUAUGCAAGGCGAGACGCCAUUCACUCUGGAUUAUACGGCUAAACAUAUGGCCCACCCCGUAGUGUCUUACCACCACAUGCCAUCUCCUUGGAUAGAUGGCAUGUGGGAGUACGAACAGAAGUGGAUCAAUGGCACAUACGGGAAUGAAACAAUACUUCGCCACAAAGACGUGUUCCUGGACUUCGUAGGGCCUGAGAUCAUCGCCGGAGACAGAGUCUUUUGGGACAAUAUCAGCAAGGAUAUCGAGGAAGAGCUCGCCCCGAACAAGGGCCCGCAUUCGUGUCUCGUCAAGUGCGAGGCAAAUCCAGAAUGCUUGCAGUGGCUGUUUGCCGCUGGUAUGUGCAAGCUUGGAAAGGUCGUAAGGCUGGGAUCCGCCGAGCUUAAGGAAGGAAGCAUGGUGUCGGGUUGGAUGGUGGAUAGGAUAAGUACCUUUGUGAGCGAAUUGGGGCCCAAGGCAGAUUGGAUACUUGAAUCACCAGACUGACCGCAGAAAGAAACCCAGCUUCUGGGGACUGAUGCUUUAGCAAGCAGACAGUUGAUUGCAUACCAAUGAGUUUGAUCGCAUGUACCUCUUUAUUUGAGCCAUAUUUAGCAAACAAUCUAUACGUAAUAGUUACCGCA